GGGCAAAGGCGUCCGUUGCCUUUGCGGCGGUGUCGGCAUUGGCUUUGGUGCAGGUCUGGGUUGGGCGCAAGGCGAUAUGCACCUCAGGCACCCAAAUCUGGUGCCGAUGCCGAGCCUUGACAAUGAGCUUCGACGGCUGCAGACCCUGAAGGCUUCCGUGGCAGAGCGCCUUGGGAUCAGGCUCUGA